ACCAAGUCUUAACCACGGCCACUGUUUAGCAUUAGUCUUCCAUUUAGCCCUCCCUAACCCCCAACCAAACCCCAAUAAGUCAGUAUAAGUAGUUUCUGAACCGAGCCCAAUAUGCUCUCUCUCGUUCGAACGUCAUAUUUUCUUCACGUUCUCGGUCAGAUGGAUUGGCAAGGGCAAAAGCUAGCGGAGCAGCUGAUGCAGAUACUGCUAUUGGCAUUCGCGGUGGUGGCGUUCGCGACGGGCUACAUAUUAGGAUCGUUCCAGAUGAUGAUCCUAAUAUUCGCUGGGGGUUUGGUUCUGACCACAUUGGUGACGGUCCCCAAUUGGCCCUUCUUCAAUCGCCACCCGCUCAAGUGGUUGGACCCAAGCGAGGCCGAGAAACAUCCGAAGCCACAGCAAGCAGUGAAUUCCAAGAAGAAACCCGCCAAGAAGUAGGUCAGUUGGGCUGAUGAUCUUAGUUUUGGCGUUUUGGUAGGAUUGAAAAUUCAAUGUUCUUGUGAUGUGCUUUUCUAAAAUUGGAUAAUACAGUGUACUCGAUUGCCCUUGAAUUUUGAACCUUUAGACAAUGGGUAGAAAGAAUUUUCUUUUUGGUUUU